UAUAUAGCCCCUAUGUCCAGUCAAGCCAGGAGUAGAUGUGAAAGACUGCAGCACAGACCCGCAGCACUGUUCCUAGGCCACAUUCUGCCAUCAUGAAGCUGCUUGCAAUAGUCGCACUGCUGGUCACCAUCUGUAGCCUAGAAGGAGCUUUGGUUCGAAGACAGGCAGAGGAGCCGGAUGUGGGCCUGUUCACUCAGUAUCUUCAGAGCAUGACUGAAUACGGCAAGGAAUGGGUGGAGAAGGCCAAGUCCUCGGAUAUUAACACCCAGGCCAAGGCUUACUUUGAGAAGACACACGAGCAGCUGACACCCUUUGUCAAGACAGCUGGAACUAGUCUGAUGACCUUCUUAAGCAAUUUAUUGAGCCUCGAGAAACCAGCUCCUGCAGCUAAGUGAGAUGUGUCAGGACCAGUCAGUCUACCUACCCCAGCUACCCCACUGGCCACCGCUACAGCCCCUCUCCCUACCUUUUGCCUGUUUUCUCCAAUAAAUGAGGAAGGAGUUAAA